GGAAAUGAAGCUUCAAACAUAGCAAGAGAAGCCUAAUUAAAAUUUUCUUGAUCUCUUGUUAGUCAUUUCUCUAAUGGCUUCUUUUGGUAAGCAGGUGUUUUUCUUCUUUUUUCUAGUGAUUUUCUCCUCUAUCCAAGCUAGAGAGAGCACGUUCUUUAGUAAGUUCACACAUUAUAGCAUCACAAAAAACAAUGGUAAGAAAGAAUCCUCCAUUUCUUCAGUACCAAUUCAAGCACCUACAUUAGCACCAGCUCCAGCUCCAGCAAUAGACUUUCUACCAGAUGUGCCAUUACUAGCACCAGCACCAGCACCGGUCCUCGGCGAGAUUGAGAACGGCUAUGGCCUUUUCGGUGAGGGCUCCGGAACCUCCCCUCGUAAGGAGACUUCAACCACCACCACCACUACCACCACCGCGGUUGAUGAAAAUGAGCUUUUGAAUGAAGAACUAGAUGGUGUGCCCUUUGACAAGAAGUAUGAAAAUAGCAACAAUAACAACAAUGGCUACACUAGCAACUACAACAACAACGGCUACAAAGUUGGCAGUGCUAGAUAUGAGACAGGCAAUCAAAACAACAAUGGCUACACUAGCAAUUACAACAACAAUGGCUACAAGGUUGGCAGUGCUAGAUAUGAGUCAGGCAAUCAAAACAACAAUGGCUACACCAACAACUAUUACAACAAUGGCUACAAACUAGCUGGUGAAAGCUACGAAACAGAUAAUCAAAAUAGUGAGAAUGGCUACACCAAGAGCUACAACAACAAUGGCAACACCAACAACAACAACUACAACAACAAUGGCUAUACCACAAACUAUAAUAACAAUGGCUAUGAGACUGAGAGACAAGGGAUGAGUGACACAAGAUUCAUGGAGGGUGGUAAGUAUUAUUACCAUGUGAAGAAUACUGAGAGACAAGGGAUGAGUGACACAAGGUUCAUGGAGGGUGGUAAGUACUAUAGCAAUGUGAAGAAUGAGAAUUAUUAUCCUGCUAACGAGUACGUGUCAGGGAAGGUAAGCACUCAAAAUCAAGGUUUAUAUGGAAAUGAUGAGAACCCUAAUGAAUACAACACCAUGGAGGAGUUUGAGAGCCAGGAGGGAUAUGAAGAAAGCCAAGAGGAGUCUUUACCUUGAAUACUGUUAUUGUUGUUAAUUUGUAGAGAAAGAAAAGUUAAAGAAUUACAGAGGGAGAGCCUUUGAUAUAUAUUUGAGAGCAAGGCUAAGUUGUGAGGUCAAAUUAUCAAUUUCCCAUUUCAUGUUUCAUUUUCUUAUUUGGUUUUGGGUCUUCGCAAUAUUUUUCAUGGUUUGUGACUCAAAAGGGAUGGAGGAUUCUACAUUUUUUCACUUUCAAGUGAAACAUUGUACUAUCAAGGAUCUUUAAUUUGAGCAUCCAUUGAGUUCUUCAAAACUUUAGCACAUGAAUGCAUGAAAUGAAGUUCUGUGUGGUUAAAUUA